CUUGGGAGAUCCUACAAACCUCGGCAUGGUUACGCUCGUGAGUGUCGUGAGUGUCAGCGCCCUAGACCUCGAGAGGGGCAGGAGCAUCAAAUGCAGGCCGGUUCGAUGGGAUCAGGGCAACAUGAUCCAGGCGUAUUUGGCUGGAGACGUGUGCCACGGGGCAUAUAGGGCGGUCGAAUGAAGGAGAAAGGGUCGUGGAGGCUGUUUUCGCUUGUCAGCAAUGACGGGAAAAAAAAAGAUGAUCUGACAUAUUUUCCUGUAUACGGCAAUAGUGCCAGAAGCCACCUAGCUGUUGAACUGCUGUCUAAUGACGUUGAAAGGAAAUCUGUCGUGACCUCAUCGCAAGGACCAGAAUUCAAAGUGAAAAAAAAAUCGACGUUGCCAUGUGCGCAGGAGUACUGGAUGCCUGAUAGAUUGUGCAGGACCUGUUAUGAAUGUGAAAUGCCGUUCAACAUGUUUCGUCGGAGGCAUCACUGCCGAUUAUGUGGGCAGGUGUUCUGUCACAAGUGUUCGUCCUACUUGAUCGAUGGUCGACUCGUACUGCUGACCGGCAUGGUUCGGGUGUGUACGACUUGUCACCAAGCCCACAAAGCACCAUACCAAGUGCAGUCGGAUAGGGUGUUAGUGAAUUCGUCUUUCUUAGGUGCAUGCGAGAAACAUGGCAGAUCACUGCAAAAAAAUCAUAUUGCAGUCGAGAACUCGCAAUCUUUACAUGAGUAUGUUCCUGCCUGUAGCCCAAGUAUUGCCCGGCGAUUUGAGGAAGCGGAAAAUGUCGCUCAUGAUUGUUUUAGCCUCACUGUGCAUGAUAAACUAAAUUUACAGCAAGAGUUUAGUGAGACUACAGAUCAUGCUACUAACAUACCUGCACAUAACAAAAAUCGUUUUAGAUGUCAACAUCAAGCAACCAGAGAAUCUAAUUUAGAAUCAGAUUCAAGCAAAUUGCCCUGCGUGUGGUCUGUGUAUGACGCGUGGAAUAGAUCGAUGAUUGAUAGCCCGGAAGCCUGUCUGCGAAGGAGGCUUCUCGGAACGUCAUCUUUUGUUGCGCCUAUCUCUCUCCUGAAUGCAACUUCACGUAAUCAGGAAUCUCGCGCUGAGCUUCUGCAUAUUGCAGACCUGCUUCGGCAGAGCGCAAUUUUGAGACUUGAAUCUAUGGUUCAAGGACUCUUGUCGGAAUAUGACCGCGCGUAUGAAAGACCACACGAACAAAAUUGGGGUGCCAUUAUACUUCGCCUAGCUCAAGAAGCUAGUGACACUGUCACACCAAAUGUCCGCAUCGCUGAUACCAUGGACAUUCGACCAUACGUCAAGAUCAAGGUGAUACCAGGAGGAUCGUAUCUGGAAUGUCGCUAUGUUGAUGGCAUUGUCUUUUCGAAGGGAGUAGUCCAUAAAAAGAUGCGAAAGUCCGCCUGCUCGCCUCGCAUAUUGUUGCUCUCAGGUGGCGUGGACUUUCAGCGCACCCACUCGAAACUGGCAACUUUUACAACAUUGCUAGAACAAGAGCAGAAAUACACAGAAAUAAUAGUGGAGAAGAUAAUUCGACUGCAGCCUGAUUUGAUGUGUGUAGGAAGUUCGAUAUCUCGCCAGGCCCAAGAGUACCUUAACCAGCAUGAUGUAGUUGCAGUUCAACAUGUCAAGCCCAGACUAAUGAAGCAAAUUGCGCGCAUGACCGGGGCGGCUAUUGUUCCGUCAACUGAUUACGUUACUAGCAUGAGUGAUUACAGAGACAUAGCACUUGGAACCUGUCAGCACCUCCAAAUCACAACAUACCCAUCUGUACCACUUGAAGGAUAUCAUGUCAAGUCGAUACCUAAGCUAAAUCAUGUUCAGCCUCACUAUAAACGCAUGCGUGGGCACGGGUAUGUAAGCUAUGUUUAUCUGUCGGGCUCUCCUAGAUUCCUUGGUUGCACGCUAAUAUUGAGAGGUGCCAGAAAAUCAGAGCUGAAGAAAAUUAAGAGGAUUGUUGGCUUUGCUGUAUUUGUAGCAUAUCAUCUCCGCCUAGAAUGUUCUUUUCUGAGAGACUGCGGUGCAAUGCCAAGGCACGCUGCUGUGCCUGCACAGUGGCACGGAUCAUCCAUCUUCUCUUCAUCUCUAUCAGUUGAUUUCGGGGACGGAACAAUUGAUUCCAGAAGUUCCUCUCCCGGUCAACUCAUAAAAAAGCAGUUCGUAUCAACAUCUGCCUUUGAUCAUCAAAUGUUGCUGGUCACGAGCGUGUGGAUGAGUCAUCGUACGCAGUGUGCCUCCGCAGAGGUCAAGGGCGUUCUAUACUACACUCCACAGGACGUGAGCUUGGGUCAAUUCCUCCUCAACUGUUGCUUUAAUCUGAAGUCGAAGUUCCCUCCUGGCGACAAAAAAUCGGUGCUUGACAUGACCCAAAUAUUUUAUCACAAUGAUGGCAGACUCCUCAUUACCGUGAAGAUGGACCAGGCAUUGUCUGUGGCUCCAACGACGGAGAACGAAUCCGCAGAAUCUCUGUGCAGUGUAAAUCAUGACAAUACGAUUUUCAUGUGGAGCUAUUGUAAAGCUUGCGAAGAAAUAGUCUCUCCUUUAGUUCCUAUGUCGGAGGACACUUGGAAGAUGUCGUUCGGCAAGUUUUUGGAGGUGCGCUUCUAUAACAGAACUGCCACUUGUCGCACCGGAAACUGUCGACAUUGCCUGCAAACCAACCACGUGUUUUUCUAUGGGUCCCGAAAUCUGAUUGCUCGCUUUGAUUACGAACGCAUCAGGCCAUAUGAGAUUUAUGUCAGACAGCAACUUCCUUUUGACGGGUCAUUUUAUUAUCAUGAGCUUGCACUUGAAUGUCAGAGUUUGAAAUUACUAACCUUAGACCUUUUCAGAUCAUUUCGUGCAAAGCAUAGUGAAUUAGAAGUGGUUAUGGAUUCAAUAGUCCUAGUGUUUACUACGACUAGCAAUGAUAAUUCCACAUAUUCUUUAUUAGCCACGGUGUUGGGCGAGCUAAGCCAGAUAUCAAUGGACAUCGAAAGCUACUCAUCCUGGUUGCGUCAUCAGCUUUUAGAUGAGCCUCAUUUGCAUGAAAAAAUGUGGCUGUCCGACAAUUCUGUGCAGUUGCGCUUCCCUGCACAAUUCCGCCGGGAGCUUUACGUUAGAAUGAGCAACUGGAACCAGAGGUUUGCAUUAUUAGGUCAGCUUUUGAGUUCUAUACAAGAUAAAGCUGGGUCAUAUGCGAGUACCACAACUGAUGCAUCCAGUUACAUAGCAACUAUUGUUGGCUGCAGUAGUGAUAUAAUAGAGGCAGAGCUUUUACAUCUUAGAACCCUGACAGAACCCAGAUUUGUAUCGACAUCGGCUAUAGAAGAAGAUAUAGACGAGGGCGACGACUUCCAAGACGGUGAAGGCCAGGCCUUGCCUCCCGGCUUACCUUCAGGUACCAAAAUGAUGGCCGCAGAACACAUAGGAACUGUGAUUGGUAGUUCUGAGGAGGUCCUGGGAGAUUUUGCACCAGCGAACUACGUGUCAACUCGUGAACUAAUCAAGGAUCACAAUAAUCAGAGCAACUGCGUUGAUGCGCCACUUACUCUGAACUCAGAUAGCCAGCAAUCAGAAUACCAUGAUGAAGAAGUGAUUACAGGUAUACCUAACGUGCAAGCUACGCUCCGUGGCUAUAGAUUUUCUAGUGCACUAUCGAGGCUCUUGGGUACAUACAGUCCUGAGGAGGACCCAUGGAUUGUGCCGCUUCGCAGUCUAGAGGGUGGAAGACCGCGUUUGGAGAUUGGUGAUUGUAGUGGAGUCUUGCUAGUCCAUGAUGAAGAGCCGACUACAAUAAUUGCAUAUAGUUUAAGCACAAUGGAGUACAAGCGCUCAUUGGCAACGUACCUAGACGCAACGCAUAAAAGAAACAGCAUGUACUACAAUGAGAAGCCAAUUAUAUCUGAAACAGCAAUGGGCUUAAAAGCACCAUGUGGCCUCUCUCACUCGCCCGGCACCGGGCUGUCGACGAUCACAGAACAGGGCAAUCUCUUGCGCUCAAGGACGACUACCAGCAGUCCUGCUUUAGAUCAAGUUGGGUCAAUUGGCGCAUUGUUUAGGAGAAAGCCAACAUCGCCAGACUUUAGUAUGCAAGACCACAGCAACCCUGGAAUUUCUCAUGGUCGUUGUGACGAACGCACGGUCGCCGAUACACGUCAAAAUGUGGAACUGGCGCUUACAACUCCUCUUCGCCAUGCGGGUAGACUGGUAAAGGCCUCCCCUCCUUACUUUGAAAACCAGAUGUUGUCCACUCAGAAAACGCAUAUAAAGCACAGAUUUGCUGACAUGAAUGAAAAAGGGAAUACUAUAUGCAAGUUUGUCUGUCAGGCCUACUGGACUACUCAAUUUGUUGCAGUGCGCAGGGCAUUCUGCGGAAACAGCGAAGAAGAUGAAAUAGGAUACCUAAGGUCCCUCUCCAUGGCUCGCCCAUGGAAUGCGCAAGGCGGUAAGUCAGGUGCGACAUUUCUGAAAACAACAGAUGGAAGAUUUGUGGUUAAGCAAAUUACUCGGACUGAGUUACAGAUGUUUUUGGAGUAUGCCCCUGCGUACUUUGAAUAUCUGUUCAAAGCAUUUUUUUGUUGUUAUGCAACACUUCUAGUUAAAGUCUUCGGUGUUUAUCAGAUCGGCUCACAUAAUCGUGCAAACGGGAAAAGGACCAUGGAACAGGUAGUAGUUAUGCAAAAUUUAUUCCAUGAGUGUUCAAUCCACCGGGUUUUUGAUCUCAAGGGCAGCACGCGAUCAAGGUACGCACGUGUGGAUGCUUCAGGCGAAGUUAGCAAAACAGCUUCAAGUUUUGUAGGAGUGAGCGAUGUGCAGCCUGUACUGCUGGAUGAAAAUUUUGUGGAGUUUACUGAAGGUCGCCCUCUCCCCCUUCGUGACCAAGCAAAAGCAUACUUUAAUAACGCUGUGAUGAAUGACACCCUAUUUCUUUCUCUAAUCAGUGUAGUUGACUACUCAAUUUUGGUCGGUAUGGAUGAUGAUAAUCACCAGCUUGUUGUCGGAAUCAUUGACUACCUACGUCAGUAUGACAUAAUAAAAAAGGUUGAGCGCGUCGGGAAGUCAGUUGGGAUGAUUGCUGGUCAAGCUGAGCCAACUGUCAUUCAACCGCCAAAUUAUCGGAAUCGGUUUCAAUUAGCCAUGGAAAAAUAUUUUAUGAUGGUACCCGACAAGUGGACCUCAUUUCGCCUGCAGACACAUAUCUGAUCAAUCACUCGACAUAAUUUGUAUCAAUUGCACUCAUAACGCCUUGGCCGUGACGCCGCCAAAUUAAACUAUUCUACUUCGUCCGAACGGACCUACUCGAGCUCCCGGAUAGACGUCCACAAUCGUCCGGAAUAACUCAGCAGAAGUACUAGUAGGAGUGAUUUUGUGGAAGUCUGACUACCUUUACUUCAACUUGAGCGGACUCUCCGCGCGCGUGGCAGCCGCAGCGGUCGCAUGUGCCAUGCGUAGGUUGCACGUAUGGAAUUGUGCACGCCGCCACAGUCGCCACAUGCGAAGAAAUUGAAUGAACCGUAGCGCGGCGCUUCCCCGGUGGCGACCGAGGCGCUAGAUCGAAAAACAAAACAAACAGUCUUAAAACUGUGACUUAUCGAAUAUCAGAAUUACACCUCAGGCUCGGGAAAGUAGUUAAGGGUUUUUGUAUACUUUGUCCCACUGGGAUCCCCC